CUCGGGCUGUGGGUCGGUGGCUGCCGGCCGGGCGUGCUUCCCGUGCGAGCGGAGGAGAGCGAUGGCCGCGGGCGGCCCCUGCAGCAUCGCGGAGGAGCGGACCUACCGCCGCUUCUUGGAGGCUUUCCUGGGCGAGUUCCGCGGACCUUUCGAAGCGGCGGCCGAGAGCCCGGCGCCCGCCUCGCCCUCCUCCGCCUCUUCCUCCGCCGCCUCCUCCUCCUCCGCGGGCGGCGGCGGGGAAGGAGCGGCGGCUGGAGCCGGGGAAGAAGACCCGCCGCCUGGCGGGGACGGAGAAGCCACCGCGGGCGGGGAAGAAGCCGAAGCCGAAGCGGAGGAAGAGGAGGAGGAGGAGAAAGAGGAAGAAAAUGAGGAUGGAGGAGACGAGGAGGAGGAGGAGGAGGAUGCAGCCACUGCUGGACCAGAGGAGGAUGGAGACGAGGAGGAGGAGGAGGGGGAGGAAGGCUCCGGACCGGACGGAGCCAGCCCUCCCGGGGACGCCGAGCCCGACGAGGCUCCUCCGGGAGAGCCCGCGCCGCCUCCUCCUCCGCCGCCUCGCCCGGCCAGCCCUUGCCCGCCGGUGCCGCUGCCUCCGCUGCCCUCGCUGCCCCGGCCGCUCUCCGAGCACAUCACGGAGGAGGAGGUGGAAGGCGAGUGCCUGGACCUCUGCCUGCAGCAGCUCUACAAGUAUAACUGCCCCUCUCUCCUGGCAGCAGCGUUAGCCCGGGCAACAGCGGACGAAGUCCUGCAGAGCGACCUCUCCAAUAUUUACCUGCCCAAGCACGAGGACAGUCCAGAUGGGAUCAUACAGGUGGAGACGGAGAAGUUGGCCCGCACCGUGUUUACCAAGCUUCACAAUAUUUGCAGCACCUGGGUGAAGGAUUUCCCGCUCCAUUUGAAGCCGUGUCGGUACUACGAGACAUCGAUCCACGCCAUUAAGAACAUGCGACGCAAGAUGGAAGACAAACAUGUCUGCAUUCCAGACUUCAACACCCUCUUUAACCUGGAGGAUCAAGGGGAGCAGGCCUAUUUUGCCGUCUUUGAUGGCCACGGAGGAGUGGACGCAGCCAUUUACGCCUCCAUUCACCUGCACGUGAAUUUGGUGCACCAAGAAGCGUUCCAGCACGACCCCGCCGAAGCCCUCUGCAAAGCCUUCCAGGUUACGGAUGAACGUUUCGUGCAGAAGGCAGCCAGAGAGAGCUUGCGAUGCGGCACCACAGGCGUUGUGACGUUCAUCCGAAGGAACAUGUUGUAUGUGGCCUGGCUGGGGGACUCUCAAGUCAUGCUCGUGAAAAGGGGCCAGGCUGUAGAACUGAUGAAGCCUCAUAAACCAGACCGGGAGGAUGAGAAGAAACGCAUCGAGGCCCUUGGAGGCUGCGUGGUCUGGUUUGGAGCAUGGCGAGUCAACGGAAGUCUUUCUGUCUCCAGAGCUAUUGGUGAUGCAGAGCACAAGCCAUACAUCUGUGGAGACGCAGAUUCUGGAUCCACAGUGCUGGAUGGAUCGGAGGAUUACCUCAUUCUAGCCUGCGACGGCUUCUACGACACGGUGAACCCCGACGAGGCGGUGAAAGUGGUGGCCGACCACCUGAAGGAGAACAACGGGGACAGCAGCAUGGUAGCCCACAAGUUGGUGGCUUCCGCUCGAGAUGCCGGCUCUAGCGACAACAUCACGGUCAUCGUGGUCUUCCUCAGGGACAUGAACGCCAUCAUCAGCGUCGGCGAGGAAUCCGAGUGGACCGAGAACUCUUUCCAAGGCGGGCAAGAGGACAGCGGCGACGACAAAGAGAACCAGGGAGAUUGCAAGAGACAGUGGCCUCAGCACCAGGUCUCGGCGCCUGCCGAUCUGGGGUACGACGGCAGAGUGGAUUCCUUCACAGACAGAACUACCUUGAGCGCCAGUUCCCCCAUCAACAUCUUCGAAGACCCCGGCUGCUUAGACCUGAGGAAAACAGAAGCGGGCAAAAUCCACAGCGCCAAACGCCUUUCUCCGGAUCAAGUCUUCAGCGCUGGCGUACCAAAGAGGGCGAUUUUGAGUCAAGGCGUUUUGGAAGACGGCAAGAGAAGGGACGACGUUCCUCCCCAGGGGCAGAAGGCACUACGGGGCUCCGUGAACUUGGGCUCUUCAAGCCCAGGGGAGUGCAGCGUGGUGUUGGUGGAGGCCCCGAUCCCCGCCGGGCCUGAAGGCCUGUGGUUCAAAUCCUGGGGAAGAAAAGCUUCCAUUUUCUCUCACUUUCAUUUCUGCGACGCCAAGCGGUGGCAACGGUUAGCGAGACUGAAGCCGAAGCUCAAUGGGUUUCUCUUUGAGCAGAGGUCCCUUUUCUGCCCGGAAGGUUUAACCCUCUGCUCACCCAACCACCUAAAUGGCCGUAGGAACAAGUUCCUAAGAAGCCAUCUUGGGCAAGUUUCCCUUGGUUGCCAUCAAGGUCACGGCGAGAGUAUUUUCUUGAUGUUAAGGCCAAGUCCCUGUAUACCACCAGACCCAUGGCUGCUGUGGAGUUGUAAAAAAUAACACGUUCCCUCCUUUGUAUUUUACUUUACUUUUUUCCUCUUCUUCUUCUUCAAUAGGCUAGACAUUUCACAGAAUUAGAAGUAAUUCGGAGGGAGUGUUUCAGAAUUAGGAUAUCACGGAAGGCUCUGCUCAUGUAAAUACAUCCUGGGAAUCCUAGUGUUUGCCUCCAAAAAUUGGGAAAAACAAAAACAAACAAACGAACAAGGAUUGGCAUGCCAGUCUCCCUAGCAACUUCAUGGACACAUUCAAUCUCUCUCUCUCUCAUGUACAAACAACACACACUCACACGGAUCUGUAUGUACUCUUUGUGUAGUCGCUUCAUUUCUUCAUGGGAACUCGAUAUUCUUAUGGACUCGCUGGACAAGACAGGAAAGUGCCAUUAAAAAAAAAAAAAAAGAAUUUGCAAAAAAAUAACAGAGAGAAAAAAUAAGAGAGAGAAACCCGUUAUGAGAGAAGCCUACGGAGCAAUAUUUUCAGAAAGACUUUCUAGAACUGAUGUGGGAUUGGUUUUUUUUUUUUUUUCUGUAAGUGGAGGCGAGGAGGAAGUAGGAAGGCGUAUAAGGAAUCCUUUUGGGGACUGGGCUUCUUUAAUCCCAUAAGAGCAAAAAUUACGUUAUCAGGUCGUUUUGCAGGUCUGUUGUGAAAAAGCCAUAGGGGAGGUUCAAUCUAGCACCUGGGCCCUCCCAACCCUUCAGAUGCAGUUCGAGAGACGUAUUCAAUCUUUUAAUUUUUUUUUUCCCCUCCCAUUGAGAAGAUGGGGCAAGGGGAAGCCAUGCCAGGCCAGGCUUUUGUAGUUUUUAAAAGAAAAGAUAAUUUCCUGCCGCUAAAAUGGAAACUAUACUGAAAUCAGAGUUAACUUUUUGGGGGAGGUUCUGGGGAGGGAGGUGUUCCUUAAUGACAGUUCAGCCUUUUAAACUGGGGGUGGUGGGGGGUGGUAAUAAUGCUUAAACGGUUUAAGAUUAAUCAUCAUUUUGCAGCUGAUUCAAGCCGCCGCGCUCUCUUUCCCAGUCCUUUUUAUCUCAGGUGUCAAAACUGAUGUAAAAAUCAGUUCGGAUACAAUUCACAUUGUCCUAUUGAAAACUCAUUUAAACCGCCAAUUUGUCAUCAGUUCUGCUUUCCCAGGUAAGAAGUUGUGAUCUUUUUCUUUUUUUUUUUAAAAAAGAAAUAAUCGCGUUUCGGGAACAUUUUCACUCAAAUUGCUUGCAUGUUCAACUGAAGAGGCUGUAAGAACAGGAAAGGAAACUACUAGGGAUGUCCAGAGCAGUUGGGAGCGUAAACAGAAGAAGAAAUAAAGUAUGAACGUGGCUAUCUAACACUAGCAACAUUAGAAAAAUGAUGUAAAAGUUUGGAGAUUUAAAUUGCCAGUUAGAGGUUCAGGGUGAGAGUCUGAGGAUUGCCUUCCAUUUGUUACUUUAAUCCUGAUGAGUAAAAUAUUCUUUAAACAAACACUAAUUUUUACAUAAACUAGGUAGCUGGGAUGUACCAGAAUCACAUAAAGCAUGUCAAUUGUCUUUUAGGUACUUAAAAUAUUCAGCACACCGCUUACACUACCUUAAAAAAAAAACUCACCAAAAUUCCACAAUAUUCUGUUCACUAAAACUAACUGGGGCACUCUGCCAUUUGUGCAAAUUUAAAUAGUUACAGAAAACUCGAGAUUACUGAUGAUUAGAAAAUGCUUCUGAACUUUGAUUUGUGGUCUGACGGUUUAUUUUUUAAUAUAUAUAUAUAUAUAUAUAUAUAUAUAUAUAUUUGAGGUAGUCCUUAACUACGCACCCUUUAGAGGUUUUUAGAACUGCAACCCUCAAAAUCUGGACAUCGUAAUUGGAAAUCCUGAAGAAUGCCAUAUUCGGAAAGAAUUCUCUAGAGCUGCGUUUAUCACUCUCUGGCAACUUGAUGAGGUGUGUGGACUUCAACUCCCAGAAUUCUCCAGCGAUUCUGGGAGUUGAAGAGGAGUGAUUCUCAACUCUAGCAACUUUUAAGACGUGUGGACUUCAACUCCCAGAAUUCCCUAGCUGAGCCAUGCUAGCUGGGGAAUUCUGGGAGUUGGAAGUCCGCGCCUCAUAAAAAUGGCAAGGGUGACAAGCUCUGCACGAGAGGAAACAGUAGUUUUAUUCCUGGAAAGACGAUUAAAAGCCUUAGCUUGAGGCAUACUUAUGGAGAGGGGAAGAACUAUUUCUUUGUUAUUUGGCAACUACAAGCUUAGGUGUAACACGUUAGUAGAGGGUGACAAGAAGAUGAGUACAUGUAGACGGCAGCAAUUUGUGCUACCUUGUCUGAAAAACUUUCAGAUCAGUUGAGGAGAGAUCGAUCCAGUUGCUGUCUUCAACGCAACGCGCAAAAGCAAUUGUCCGAAGACGCGACCAAGUUCAUAGGUGCCGUUAGAAGUAUUGGACGCUCUUCUCAAAAUGCAGGCGUCCUUGGAAGGUGCUGGUUGUGGAACAUGCUCUCUCUCUCUCUCUCGUGUUUAUAAAGUUAAGACUUCAUGCCUGUGGAUUGAUAUACAGUGGAUUACCUGCUGUUCGCCAUGUUUGACCCUGCAGGAAAGAGCUGGUCAAUGGAUUCCUACUGUGAUCCAGUACAAAAAUAUUGUUACAAACAAGUAGAGCGUGUCCAUUUCUUUCAUCUCCACGUAGUGACAAAAGUGUGUAGAAUCCAUUUGUGAGGCGAAUUAUUAUUAUUAUUUUUUUCAAACGUGGUAAUAAUGACAUAUUUUAAAAGUUGUUGUUCCUGAUUCCGGUUUGUGCCGCUUGAUUCUAUGACACUAGGCAUAAGAGACAAAAAACAAAAAAAAAAACAAAAGGAAAAAAAAAUGCUUUGUGACAUGCUUUGUUUUUUUUUCUUCAUUGCCACUGGUAAAAUAGGAAGUAAUUCUCUUCAGUUAAAACUCCUGUGCCCUCAUUUGCUGCUUGCUGACGUAAGCAAUAAGCUCCUUUUAAACUAACGAUAAUCUUAAAUGUUCAGUAUCUUGUAUUUUGAACCUUUUAGCUGGUGAAAAUAUAAAAACAAAAAAACACAAAAAACUACCACAACUACUAAUAUAGAUAUUUAACCGUGUUAAUGUUGGUCGUCCUGUAAAGUGUUUGGUAAAUCUGUUGUAUUUAACUAGUGGUUUGAUAUUUGCAUACUGAAAUCUUUCCAAUAAAGGUCUGAAGUAUCCCUCAAGUUCACACAAAUCUGCAUAGUCAGUUGUGUAAGAACACAGAAGCAGUAGCAGGAGAGAGACGCACUCCAGCGGCCGCCCUUCCAGAGGCCGCUCGAGAGCCGGCUGGUGAAUUUAUCCACUGUGACUUUCAAAGGGAUUCCUUUAAUCCCCCUCGGAUAGAAACUGGAUAGAAUUAGGAGGAAUACCUUCUGCAGCAGGAGAAAGGGAUUAUAGAUAGUCCUGCAGUUACAACCACAAUUGGGAUCAGCGUUCCCGUCGCUAAGCAAGGCAGCUGGUUUAGUAAGCCGCAUCCGAUUUUCUGACUUUUUUAGUCCACGGUGGUUAAGCAAACACCUGCCGUUGUUAAGUGAAUCGCAUGAUCAUUAAGCAGAUACAGCUCCCCCCCGUUGGUUGCGGGGGGUGAUCACAUGACACUGGGAUGCUGCGACUGUGGUACAUAUCCUGCUGGCUGCUCAAACUUUGAUCAGAUGAGUUUGGGACUGCUGUGACAGUCGUGUGAGGAGGAUGGGUCACUUAUUCCAGUGCCGUCGUAAACUUUGAACGGCCGCUCAGUGAAUGAUUCUAAGUUGAGGACUACAUGUAACGUUUAUCCUGAUGCUGAUUAAUCCACUCCGGUUGCCCUGUGCUUGCACAGAAGGAAGUAUAUAUAAAUAUUUAUACCCUGAAGUGCCAUCAAUCACUCGCAGCACUUUAGAAUCUACUCCGACUUCUACAUACUUCCUGAAAAAGCACAAUCUGCUACUCCCCUCCUAAGCAAACUAGGGAUACCCACAAAAGCAAGGAAGGAAGGAUAUUUCUCCCUGGCUCAGAAAGAGAACAAGGUCCUUAACAGGAAGAGACCUCAGCACUCAGACAGCAUCUAACCCUCCCCUGCUUCCAUAUAAAUCAAUUUAAAAUUAGAACCUUUAGAUUCAUAAAGUAGCCCUAUCUAUUACCUGUCCUGUGUUUACAAUACUCCUAUAUUCAAAGGCAACUUUGCUUUUUUUUUUUUAAUUCUAGAAGAACAGUUAAGCCAGAAAAACAGCUAUGCAGUGUUAAAAGUUCAACGCGAAAAACUGAAAAUUGUAGUUCAAGGGGUUCCUUUACCUUGCCUAGGAACUUGAGAUUAAUUAAGAAACUGGACAUUUUUUCCAAGAAUCAGCCUGUUCGGCUCCAGAGCAAAAAGGACCACAAACACAAUGCCACCAGUGAGGGUUCUUACGCCCGUUAACAAGGCCUGAUUUCUCUUUAUAAUAUAAGCUCUACGGUAGGACUAAACAUUUAGCUGCCAGUAUUAACACAUUUGAAGUAUUGCGCAAAAUGUCAAAUUUGGUUUGACGGGAUAAAACGUAUGUCUAACAAUCCCUGCUGCUGGAAAGAAAGAAAAAAAAAAUUAAUGACAUUCCUCAUUAUUACUAAAACGUUAGAACUGUGCAUUCUUAAGAAUGCCAAGCAUAUAACACAGAGCUAUUGAAAGUUAAUUGUGUUGUCCUAAAACACUAACAAAGUAGGUCAGUUUAGUAGAAAUGAUUUAGUAACAUGUUCGGAUCGGUUGAAAAUUUUAUUCCAGUAACUUUUAAUGACUUUAGUAGGAAUUGUGUAUUAGCCAUAUUUUAUUUAUUAAAGCUGUUCGAACAAGGACUAUGUUCAACCUCUACCAGUACUUUAAUAAAACAACACAUCCUAA